AUGGUGUUGUUCUUUACGUCUGCAGCGGUGAACCCGGCUGUCACAUUGUACAUGGGCAAGGACAAGGUUGAAAACGAGGAUCUCAUCAAGUACGCAUGGCCGCAGGACAUCUGGUUCCACGUCGACAAGCUCUCCUCGGCGCACGUCUACCUGCGCAUGCCGGACGGCAUGGCAUGGGAGAGCAUCCCGGAGCCGCUCCUCGUGGACUGCGCGCAGCUGGUCAAGGCAAACUCUAUAGAAGGAAACAAGAAGGAUAACCUGACUAUCAUCUACACUCCUGCGGACAACCUGAAGAAAACCGGAGACAUGGCUGUAGGCCAAGUGUCGUUCCACAACGAUAAGCGGCGAGUCCACGUCCCGAAACGCGAAAACCCGAUAGUCAACCGUCUCAACAAGACGAAGGUCGAGCGCCAGGUGGAUCACGAGCAGGAGCGUAUUGACCGCAUCAAGGUCGAGAGCGCGGUGCGUAGAGCAGAUGCAGCGCAGCAGAAGAAGGCCGGAGCGGAACUUGCGAAAGCUCGAGAAUACGAGAAGGCGGCACGAUCGUACGACACGCUGUUCGCGGCGCAGGAACAAGACGCGGAGGAAGAAGAGGUGGAGGCACCGAAGAAGUCGGUACGGGAGUGGGAAGAGGAUUUCAUGUGA